AUGGCCUAUCUUCCUGUGGAAGAGAGACAAUUUAGCUUUAUAGAUCAUGAGGUUUCUGUCGGUGCAGAGGCAAUCCUGAAAUCUGAAUGUGACCUCUUUGAAAAGUCAAAAAAGAUGCGUCUGUAUCCAAAGAACUCGAAAGCAAAUGAGGAAAGGCAGCAAGACAAUAGAGAAGUGGUUGAAAAUCAAGAAAAGGAACCAAAUGAUGCAGUAAAUUAUGAAGAAGAUGAGGUGAAUAACAUUGACGAUGACAUUGAUGAAGAGGAUUUUGAUGCAUAUGAAGCGAUAGACCCGAUUGGGUUCCAGGAAGGGGAUUUUUCUCCACAACAGGAUUCCUGUAUCCUUGUGAAAUUGAGUUUAUUUUCUUUUUGUUGACACAUUAGAAAUAGGAUAGACCUUUUUUACACUCACUGAAUGAUGGAAAUGAAAGAGGUUAUGGUGAAACAUCUGAGCAGCUUUCCCCACUUCUGAAAGCAGAUCCUGGAUAAAAACUUUACUUCAUUUUAUACUUUCCUGUUGGAAAGGAAAACAAAGAACUGAUAGAUCCUUGUGAUAACUGACUUUAUUUCUUUCUGUAGACCCUUUUUACAAUUGGUACAUGGUUAAAAAGACAAAGAGAUAAGGGAGUCAGAUUUCCUUACUUCUGAAAGCUGAUCCUGGAUAAAAACUUUAUUUUGUACUUAGUGUCUUUUUUCACCCUCCUGUUGUCGGAAAGAAAAACAAAGAAAUGAGAGGUCCAACGGUAUGUUGGUUUGACAUAUAAGCUCUACCAUCAAGGAUCUCAUGUCUUGUGUAUGUUGAGAUAUCCAGUUUAAGAAUGGAGGCCGUUUUGAACCUCCAGCUAGACCAUUGACCCAUUCUUUUUUAUUUUCAAUGCACGUCUUAUGCUUUCCCGCUGUCUUUCUGCAAGGAAAAACUCCAUCUAGGGUGAUCCUGGACUCAAUUACCAACCAGUGAUAAUGUUGCAGAAGCAGAAACUUCCAUAGCAUAUUAAUAACCAUGUCUUGUACUUUAAAGGGGACUAAACAAGCAUGCCUUCGGGAAAAAGCGCUGCAGCUAGUGAAGGAUUAUGGAUGAUACUUUGAGCCUUUAGUGGUGCUUAGUUUGUUUUUAGUUUGUCUCAAGUGCAUUUUUUUUAUGCCUCACAUGUUUCUUCUCCUUUCCUUUAUGUCCUGCUAUGAUCAAAACUGAAGCAGCAAGAGUCUUGGUUCUUAUUUAG